AACUGAUUCAAAUUUAAUUUUACCUCAGAAAGACAUCAUAAAAUUCCAUAACGAAAGGAUAAUGUGAUUUAAAGUGAAUUUUAAUAGUGAAAUAUGAAAAUGAAAUUUUAAUCAAAUACAAAAUCCAACUGGCGUACGUCGACAAGGCAAAUUGUUUCCCACGGUUUCGUAAAAUGCAUUUCGAGUCAUAAUAGUAAUUCCACCGAUUUACCCAGAGAGCGUGCUGAUCUGAAUCGUUGAAAAUGGGCGAUACAUUGGACGAGACGCCGCCCACGCGCCGCGACAAGCCGCAAACAUUGAACAUUGGCCAGGAGGAGGGGGAGGUGGAGGUUGGAGAGGCAGCCACUCCGGCCACCGCCACCUCAUCCGCGUCCUCCAUGGCCAUUCCCGCAUCGCGCAUAACGCGCAACCGGUUGCGCCACGCGGAUCGGGAUCAGAAACGCGAUCAUUCGAGCGACGGUUUGGUUUCGACCUGCGAACGUCGGGAUGAAUUUGUGGGUCUCGAGGCCCAGCCGCGUCGCGAGAGUCUGAAUAGUUGCGAGGUCGGCAGCCCAGUGGCCAUGUCCUCCAGUCCGGGAAAAAUGGGUCAGCGGCUCAACAGCGGCUCCAGGUACCCGUCCGGCGGCUCCAGCGGCACCGCCGGCAGCAUCGGCGUCAGCGUCCUGGGCAAUCUGGUGGGCACCACCACACGCAAGUGCGUCCUGACGCUGGACGGGUACUCAUAUGUCAUAGUUGCCAGCACGCCGGAGAGUUUGCCCAACAAGCGGGAGGAGGCAAGUGUUGGUGCUGGCACCACCGGCGGCAGCAGUGGUGCAGCGAGCGGUGCAGCAAGUGGAUCGGCUGGACCUGCGACUAGAAGUGGUACAGGGUCGGGAUCUGGAGCCGGAGGAGCAGGUGGCGUCAGUACGCCGGCACAAGAAGUUGUCAGUCCCACGGUCUCCGAGCUUAGUGGCAGCGGCACAAAUGCGACAAUAAAUGGUCAAGUGGCAAGACACGGCUCACUGACGAUUAUCCGACGCACAAACAGCCGCAACUUCACGCAAAUCGACAGCCAGUUGGCAUCGCCCUCGACCACCGCCACCAGCAGCACAGUUCCGGGAAUUAAUUUCGCCCAGACGCCGCUCAGUGAGCCACUUGCCGAGCGUCUGAGUUUUCGUUCCGGCAGCAACGGAUCUUCCUCCGCCGGCGACAGCCGAUCCAUCAGCAAUCAGGCCACCAACUCGGGAGCAACCGCCAACGCCGCAGCCGCCGCUAAAAUGCAGCCAUCAUCGCCGAAUGCCACCAACUAUCUGGCCGAUAAUAUUCAGAUCUCUUCGGCCAAUCUAUCGCAAACCGAAAUGGUACCGGGUCGCGACUCGACGGACUAUACCAACAUGCACUCGAUAAACGUCGGCGUCGGCAACAACUCGUUCCUGCGCGGGGACACCGACAUUCCGCAGGAGUCGGGACACUCCUUCGAAACGCCCUCGAAUAUAUCGUUCGCCGCCGGGCAAUGGGAUACGGAAAGUUUGCCGCCAGUCGACACGCCAGACGCCCUUAACAAAGCGGCCGGGAGAAUACGCAGUCUUCUCCGUCGCAUGGAUCAUGAGACCGUUGCUUACGAGGAUAUGCAGCGAAAUCUGCACUAUGCGGCUCGUGUACUCGAGGCCGUCUUUAUUGACGAAUCAAGAAGCCCCACAACAGGUAAAACAAAGUUGGGGCAGAUUGCGUCCUCAUCCGUUGAGAGCGAAGAAGAGGGCUGCAAUGGGAACUGCAAGAACCUGAACUGCAGUCGCCAUAGCCACGGAAGAGAUGACCAGAAGCAGGAGAACAACAACUCGAAUAGCAGUUGCAGCCUGCAGGAGGCGUCUGGGGCUCCUGGGGGACCAGAUGGUGUUUCUACCCCAGCGGGUGAUAACCAGGACAGCAUAGAGGGUCGCACCAAGGGCGUUUCCCUGGCACCGCAGACCCACAGUGGACCCACUGGUCCGCCAGCCACGACAACAGAAACUUCGACCCCACCUGCCCCCAAACUUCAGCCUGCUUUGGAGACCGUAAGGGAAUCGGUGAUGGAGGAGAGUCCGGGCAACAAGGGAGAACCAUCCAAAGAGCCAAGUGCCAAGGCGGCGGCGGAGAGUUCAGUGGGCAGUGGCAGCUGCAGUAACCCAGCGACCGUGCACCGGCAACGGCGCCUCAGGACACCCACCUGGGCCAGGUCCAUGUCGACGAACAAAACGCGCCUGGCGGACGAGGAUGAUGAGCUGUCGGAGGUGCAGCCGGAUGCAGUGCCUCCGGAGGUGCGCGAGUGGUUGGCCUCCACCUUCACCCGCCAAAUGGCCACCAGCCGACGCAAGAGCGACGAGAAGCCCAAGUUCCGCUCGGUGGCCCACGCCAUCCGGGCGGGCAUCUUCGUGGACCGCAUGUACCGACGCGUCUCCAGCUCGGCCCUCACGGCCUUCCCACCGGACGUGGUCAGGCUGCUCAAGAACCUGGACGACUGGACUUUCGACGUGUUCGCCCUGACGGAGGCGGCCAGCGGCCAGGUGGUUAAGUACGUGGCCUACGAGCUGUUCAACCGCUACGGCUCCAUACACAAGUUCAAGAUAGCGCCCGGGACGCUGGAGGCGUUCCUGCACCGCGUGGAGGAGGGCUACUGCCGGUACCGGAAUCCCUACCACAACAACCUGCACGCCGUGGACGUGAUGCAGACGAUCCACUACUGCCUGUGCAACACGGGCCUGAUGAACUGGCUGACGGACCUCGAGAUCUUCGCCUCGCUGCUGGCGGCCCUGCUCCACGACUACGAGCACACGGGCACCACCAACAACUUCCACGUGAUGUCGGGCUCGGAGACGGCGCUGUUGUACAACGAUCGGGCCGUUUUGGAGAACCACCAUGCCAGCGCCAGUUUCCGGCUGCUCCGCGAGGACGAGUUCAACAUCCUGUCGCAUCUGUCACGCGAGGAAUUCCGCGAGCUGCGUGGCCUGGUCAUCGAAAUGGUCCUGGGCACCGAUAUGACCAAUCACUUCCAGCAAAUGAAGGCCAUGCGCCAGCUGCUGACGCUCCAGGAGGCAACGAUUGACAAGCAGAAGGUCCUGUCGCUGGUCCUCCACUGCUGCGACAUCUCGCAUCCGGCCAAACAGUGGGGCGUCCACCAUCGCUGGACGAUGCUGCUGCUGGAGGAGUUCUUCCGCCAGGGCGACCUCGAGAAGGAGCUGGGCCUGCCCUUCAGUCCGCUGUGCGAUCGCAACAACACCUUGGUGGCCGAGUCGCAGAUCUGCUUCAUCGAUUUCAUUGUGGAGCCCAGCAUGGGCGUAAUGUCCGAUAUGCUGGAACUCAUCCUGGCCCCCAUUGCGCCGAUGAACAAGGGCAAGCCGGCCACUUUGGUGGAGCAGGAGCCGAUAUCCACGUCGAUUGCCAUCCCGAAUUCGGGGAUCACGCCCAGCAUGGACAAGCCGCGGGAUCGCAACGAGGUGAAGGCCACGGCAGCCGAGUGCCUCGCGCGGAAGAGCGUCACCGGAAGCACCUCCAAGUUCCAGAUACCCAAGCCAUGGCUCACCUGCCUGGUCGAGAACAAGAGGAUUUGGAAGGAGCAGGCCGUCAAAGAUGCCGAGGCCCGAGCUUUGGCCACGGCAGCGGAAGAGGCCGCAGCUGCGGCGGCGGCGGAAGAGGAGGAAAACAAGCUGAAGGCGGAAACGGAAGCGACAACGGCCGAUGGCGAACAAAGUGAGGAUACCGCGGAGCCGGCAGAUGGCGCUGCCGCCUAAAGUGGCCACGACGCCACCUGCCGGGCAACAGCCAGCUGAAACGAAAAAGGAAAAUCGGAAAAACAGAAUUCAAAAUAAAGAAGGAGACUUGGGAACGAAUAUGGAUGGCUACACUGAAAGAAACUGAGGAAUAAUGUUUACUAAGCUUAGAAGCAGCCUAGAAUAUUAAUAACAAACCGCUUCAGAUGCGCUCUCUAUGUGAAUUGUGGUAGAGUUAGACUAACGUACAUCAUCUAAAUAGAACAUUAAUAUCGAUAUAUAUACCUAUAUAUAUAUAUGUAUAAAUACUGUAUACUUUGUUGUUGCAAGCGGAAAAACAAA